AUGGAAGGAGAAUAUGACAGAGAAGUUUCAACUGGGGCGAUGAUCUACUUAAUUGUUAUAACGAGACAUGCUUUCAGGUACAAAAGAGGAGUGCUAGAAACCAAUAUGGAACCGACUUGUAGUACGUACAAAAACCUAACUGCCAAUUCAUCCAAUGGGAUUUCUCCGGACAACUACGGUAUCCCUGAAGUAUUUCAAUUUAUCCUGCUCGGAAUGUACGCCGUAACAUGUGUGAUAGUUCUAUUUGGAAAUGGAAUGAUAUGUUAUACAAAUUUUAAAAUCCAAAGCUUUAGAACAGUAACAAACUUUUUCAUCGUUAGCCUUGCCAUCACAGACAUCAUCAUGACGAUUCUGUGUGUACCUUUUUCCAUCUUAAGUAAUCUAUUUUUCCAUUACUGGCCAUUCUGGAGUUUCUUGUGUCCAAUUAUGAUGUUUAUGCAAACAACCAGUGUGUUACUAAGGUCAUUUAUGCUAAUUGCCAUGACAUGUGACAUGUAUCACGUGGCCACAAAACCUCUGAAGCCACGCCUCCUAACAAAAUGUCGGGCCAGAAUUUUAGUGGCGUGUAUUUGUGUUAUGUCUUGUUUGAUAUCAUUUCCAACGUUCAUAUACUCACACAUUGAAUACAUGGCUUAUGAGCCAGGUUCCCUGGGUCUCUGUGUGGAACAAUGGCCGGAUGACUUCGUUCGUAGUGUCUAUGGAGUUUGCAUUAUGAUGAUGCAGUACUUUAUGCCUCUUAUCAUCAUUGCGGUCACUUACAUCCACAUCGGGGUACUCAUAUGGGUGAAGCGAACACCAGGGGAGGCCAUUUCUGCACGCGACGAAAGGCAAGCCUCGUCUAAGAAAAAGACGAUCAAAAUGAUAAUUGUUGUCGUGAUAGCGUAUUUGUUGUCAUGGCUACCUCUUCACGUGAUCAACAUCAUUGGAGAUCUUGAUCGAUCUAUUUUUGACGCCGACUAUGUACAUAUGAUGUGGCUAACUGCUCAUUGGUUAGCAUUCAGUAACUCUGGUAUAAAUCCGAUAAUCUAUUUUUGGAUGAACUCAAAAUUUCGUCACAGUUUGAUCGUGUGUAUUCACAUGAAAUGCUGCAUUCCAAGAAAGCAUUUGAAGAACAUGUCUCACAAAGAUUCAUUUGGUAUGGCGUCAUACAGAAAGUCCAAUGGUGGUAGAAGGGUUUCUACCGGAAAUGACACCACAAUGAGUAUGACAUCAUAUCCCUGUCGCACUCCUUCCCCAAUGAAACAAUCGAGCCAUCGUUUUUUCAAUGAGAAUGGGGUAAAACAACAAAGUAUGAAGUAUGACAGAGUGUGA